CAAAUUGGUGCAGCUGGGGAAAACUGGACAGAAAAAUUGAUUUUCUCAUUAUCCAACCAAGCGGCGGCGCUGGGGAAAGUUGGUGCGAAACGCGAUCGGCCGUCAUAACAUAGCCCGCGGAAGGACUCGCGCGACCCAGGUAGGAUCACGGCAGUCACGCGAACGGUGUUGAAAGUUCCAAGACGUUCUAGAACAAAUCGGCCUGCUGCCCGUGAGUGCUGAAGGUGGCGGAGGCGAACGGUGGGUGUGCGAGAGAGAGGAUAUCUAACGCACGGCGCAGACCGAAGGUUGCUCAUUGCACCACCGCCGGAAGCUCGGAAGGAUUGUUCCAUUUCGCGUAAGAAACACCCCAAAAGACCCAAGUCCUUUUCUGUGUGUUUUUUCGAACGUCAGCAUGUCGCAGCAGCACACGGAGCCCUCGCAACAGCCCCAAGUGCGGCACAUUCCCAUCUAUGUCGAGGGCCGUUCGGAGCCGCUGCUGAAUACGAGCCCGAAAUCGCAGCCAUCGUCGGCGCACCCGUCCGCACAACCAUCAUCACACGCGCACGUGCCGCAUCCUUCCGGGAGUGACAGUCCGCAAAUGCCGGACGAUUUGUUCAAGCAGAACUCAAUCUUCGAUCGGGAUCGCGAUAUACCGGUGCGAUCGGCUUUCAACACCCCGUUCUUCAAGCGCGAGGCAUCGCCCGGUGCCAGCCGGACGUCCCCGUUUCCGGACAUGGCCAGCCAUAUGCCGCACAUGAACACGAACGUGCCUCGCGGGUCUUCGAUUCCUAGGCAAACACCGUCGCCACCGACGGCGGCUGGUGCGAGCCAGGCCCACCACCACCACAGUAGCAAACAACCGCAGCAACCGUCCAGCACCUACCACCAACAGUUUCCGCCCCAGAGGCAUCCCCAGCAGCAGCAGCAGGCGACGGCGCCGCCGCCAGCACACCAUUCGGAGCCGCAGCAGGCGGCACAGCCACCUAUGACGGGCUACGAUCAGCCCGACAGUCGUCCGAAGCCGUCGCCGCCGCCUCCAGUUAAGGAUGAUCCGACCAGUAAGAUUUCGAAAAUCCAGCAAGAUGUGACGGCUAUUUUCGAUCUGGUCGAAAAGUUCAGGGGCAGCAAGGAGGGCAAAAAGGACAAGACGUACAUGUACCUGGACGAGAUGUUGACCCAGAAUCUGCUGAAGCUGGACUCGAUCGACGUGGGCGAUCAACCGCAGAUUAAAUCGUCCAGAAAGGCGGCAAUCAGAAGCAUAAACACCUGCAUCGGGGUGCUGGAGCAAAAGGCCGAAGCAGGGGCCCUGGAGGCAGCCGGUGGCAGCUCCAGCUCCAUUACCGGCCGGAACGAGGCCAUCACCACCGCCAAUGGAAUCGAUCCGCCCAAGGGUGGGAUGAACGGGCUCGAGCAGCACGCCGCCGGUAAGUCCGCUUCGAACACGUCAAUCUCUCACUCGUCGUCCAACUCUAGUCAGCAGCAGCAGCAGCCGAUCGACGAUGCUAAACAGUAAAUGACGUAGUGCGACCGGCUCCUAACACCAUUCGCGAUCGUCCAUACCAAUUUGCUUCCCCCUUUCGGUGCUGCCGUGUGCGAUCGGCGAGAUCGUCGUCGAACGGAUCUUGUUUUAACAUUGCCCCGGGCACUGUGUUUUUGUUAGGGCUUCGCGAUUCGUCAGUUUUCUGUUUUUAACUUAUUGCGAUUCGAUGCUUGUUACGGGGCCACGGUACGGAUGGUCCUAACGCACGCACACACAAUCCGCAUGUUACGUUCGGUUGCCAUAGGCCGUAGGUUUUCUUAGCAAAACCCGAUAGAGGCACGGGUGCUGCAAAUAGUUUGGCGGGAAUCAGGGGGUGGAAUUGUUGAGCGAACGCACGAGAUACGGUUGUGAUGGCCGCGUGAUGGUGUUGGCGAAGCAGUGCCUAGAGCAGGAAAGAUAUUUAUUUUUAUUACUUUUAGCGCAUAAUUAUUAGACGUAAAGCAUGAGUUGAUUGCAAGAUAUUAGGCAAACGGAUAAUGAUAAAGUAAAAGGCCGUGAAGCAGGGCGGGGCAGCGAGCGCGAGAAUUGUUCUGUGCCGUCUAUAACCACACUUUAACGAACCUAUUAACCAGUGAGGCGCCCAGGCGCAAGCGAAAGGGGCGAGACUUCUUAGCCCGUACUGUAUUAGGCAGAGCGAUAUGUUCGUAUUGGAUAUAAGGACACCAGGCAAACCCCCAUUAACCGAGAAUAACUUUCAAGUUUAAUUUUAAUAAAAUCAAAACCAUUUAGAACAAUAAAACGGUUCCCCGGCGGGGGAUUCUCUACAGUUCGGACACGAAGUUGGUAUUAGCCUGUGGACACACCACUGUCCGCCGCAGCAAACAUGUAUUAUCGAACGAGUACGGACCCUGUAGCGACAAGCAUGAAGGGAAACAACGAAAGCGAUUAAAAA